GUGUUGUAGCAGAAAGGUUGUUACGAAUUAGACGUUCAACCUUGUGCAUAGUUGAAAAAUAUUGUAUCAUGGUUCAAUCUUCUCCAAAUCAGGUGCCUGAAAACACGCUCAAUAAUACUGAUCAAUAUAGUGAAGCCAAAAAUAGGAAAGAUACCCAAUCACGUCCACAGAAAUCCUCAAAUCCUCGUCAAAACACGAAUAGCUCUACACCUCAAAACAUUGAUGACCUCCGUAAGCAAAUAAUAAAGUUAACUGAAAUCAUCGAGCAAAAAAAAGCAUUUCUUAAUAGCUUGGGAACAUCUCUUUCAAAUGCUUACAUUGAAUAUAGGAAGAGGUGUGAACCCAAGAUCCCGAAGGCUGUAAUAGAGGAGAUUAGUGCUCUCUCCAAGCGCAAUGCAAUUUUGAGGAACAAGUUGAAGGCGAAUGAGGAGAAGGAGAAGAAACUUACCUCAAAUUGGCGUGUCUUAAACAAACAAAAUGAACUAAAAGCAUUACAGCGGGAACUUGCUAAAGUUAAAGAGGAAGUAGAGACCCUCCAAAUGUUGAGGCAGCGACGAAAUGAAAAAAUGCGCGAGAUUGAUUCUGAAGUAUCUCAGGCACGUUCUAUGCGUGACAAGCAACGUGAGUUUGAGAAUGAAUCACGUGUACAAUGCAAAUCACUGGCAAAUGACCUUCGUCAGAUUACUAAAGAAGAUCUCAAGACUCACAACCGGUAUAUUCGCUUGCAAGAACAGUUAAAGACAGGCAUUACGGUAAACGAUCAUGAAUCCCUGAAGAAGAGUAUUGAAGGGCAGGAGGAGCAAAUCCAACACUUGCAAAUUGAGGAGCAGAAAUUAAAACGGAGUAAGGAAAUGGAUCGUGAUGGAAAACAUAAAAUUAUUUCUAAGGAACAGCAAGAAUGCAAGCUUCUAGAAUCCAAGAUAGCUGAACUCCAAAAACAGCUCCAAUAAAAAGAUUCGUAACGUCAGCGUAGUUACCAAUUCACACCUAAAUAGACCAAAUAGAUUUGUUUUUUUUUCCAGUCGGUUGCUAUAUUUGAAUUGAAUCUAUAACCAUGACUAUGUUUUUUUGGAUUAGGUCUGUGCAUUUGACUCUUUUUUACAAGUUCCUUUUCUUGAAUUUUUAUACUUCUGUUGAAUGCUUUUUUUUGUACAUACUGCUUAUUAUUUUUAUUGCCUCAUAUCUCUUCCUCUUUGAUUAUUUUAAUGUACAAAAUAUUCACAUAAAUUGCUUCAUUUCUUAAAUAUUGACACUCUUCAACUAAAAGACAAAAAAUGUCUGGAAAGUUGUAUCAUCUCAUACAGUAGUUCUA